AAUUAAGUAUGUCUUGUUGCAGAAAAACCCGAAGGUAAACUCCCUAAAACCCUACCUCCUGUUUAAGCAGCUGGUUUGUGUUCAGUCGUUCUCCAACGUCUCCCUCCAUGCCCGGAGUCACUGCCAUGGAGCAUAAACUCGAUACUGCCGAGAAAAAGGUUUUGGUUGAUCUUGUGAAAUUGUCCCAAAAACGGGGAAUGAAAGGUUCGAAUGGGGGGUGGAAGGAGUUUUUACACAGUCGUGAUAGAAAGUUUGGGGCUAGCUUAAGUGAUCCAGCAAAGAGGUCCACCGAUGUGUUGGCAUCUUUUCUAAAAACUUUUACUGAGCAGCAAGACUUGAAGUUUUUCGCUAAAAUAUUGCAAUGUCACUCAAACCGUGAUAUAGUGGAAAAAUUCAGAAAGGAAUCUCCGGACAAAGAGUUCCCUGAGCAGAGGCUGGUCCGUUUAACCUUUGAACACCCGCAGUACCCGUUAGACUAUACUUUCCCAUCGCAUAGUGAGGAAUGGGUGGUAACAAAGCUUGGUAAAAAGUCCAAGGGUAUGACAUCAAGUGAAAUGAUAGCUGUUGAUUGUGAGAUGGUUCUUUGUGAAGAUGGCACUGAAGCUAUAGUGAGGGUUUGUGUGGUGAAUCGCAAAUUGGAGGUCAAACUUGACGAGUAUGUAAACCCUAAAAAAGCAGUUGCAGAUUAUAGAACUGAGAUCACUGGGGUUACUGCCAAAGAUAUUGAAAAAGUUACUUGUUCAUUAGCUGACAUACAGAAAUCUAUAAAUAAGCUACUCUCACAUGGAACUAUUUUAGUAGGUCACAGUUUAAAUAAUGACCUGCAAGCACUGAAGAUAGACCAUCCAAGAGUAAUUGAUACUUCUUUUAUAUUUAAGUACGAGGGUGCACCUAUGUAUAAAAGGCCUUCUCUGGAUAAUUUGUGCAAGUCUGUUCUGGGUUAUGAGCUCCGAAAGAAGGGUGCUCCCCAUGACUGUGUACAAGAUGCAACUGCUGCAAUGAAGCUUGUUCUUGCUGCAGUCAAGCAGGGAGUAGAUACCAUUAUUCCCUCGAGUGAAGAUGUGGCAGCACUUGAGAUGGCAAAGCUCCUUCUCCAUAGAAUACCAAAAAAUGUGCCUUGCGAAGAAUUACACAGAAUCCUUCCUGGGGAUUUUACAGUCGAAGUAAAGCCAUCUAAGAAAGCUCAAGGAGGAAAUUAUUCUGCUCUUGUCACCUUUCCAAAUCCACAGGAGGCGUGUUGUGUAUUUGAAAAUCUGAAAGGCAUCCUUGAGAAGGAUUCAUCUGGUCUUCCCCAGAAACUAGUGACAUUUAAACUCAGUUCUGGACUAGAUGCUUGCCUCUACGUUCGUAAAAUGGUCCGUGAUAAUGAUAUUGGCCAAGUUCUAGGGAAGAAAAGAGCUUUACGAGACAAGGAGCACUCUGAUGAUUCUGAAGGACUAGAGACAGACAGAGAAAGUGAAGGGAAGACUAGGGCUAACACAAGCCAGAAUGAUGAGGAUAACAACACAAAUGCAUUGAAGAGACAAAAGGUUGAUCAUAAAAGUGAAGAAAAAUUAGAGGAAAGCAUAAAUCAAUGCGAAGAUCACUUGAAAGAGAUUGAAAGACUGAAGAAGGAGCUGAGAGAGAAGGAUUUUCAACUCUCUAUGCAGGAUAAGAUUAUAUCUGAUCUCAAAAAGAAAGUUGAGAAACUGAAGGACUUAAAGAAAAAGGCAAGGUAAAAUAUGAUCCCUCGUGUUAAUUUUUGCUGCCAAGGCGUCCCUUCAUGGUAAGAACAAAUCUCUUUGCUUAGCUUUAAAUUAUUGUCUUAGGAUGAAGAUGGUUAUUUGGGAAGGAAGAAGAAAAAAGGAUUCCAGGAUUUCUUUAGUCUUUUCAUUUCUUACCACCAAUUUUUUUGUCACGUUUUUUUGUUAAUGGAUCGAAACGGUGAUGUUAAAGAUAAGGGACACCGGGGUGAGAAGUGUUUGGGCAUACCCCUUGCGGUGUUAUGUUCUUCACUAACCUGUCUACAUUGUUGUGUUUUGCAAUUAAUCUUUACAUUAAAUUAGGGUUUUCUUUUUUCA